AUGGCAGCUACAGCUAUCACUGUGCGCCUGGUGGAUGAUGAAAAUCCCUGUCUCAGGACGAUUUCUCCCUACCUGGAUCAAGACUACAGGACCCUGUUCCAGGACUGUUUGCAGAGGAACCGUCUUUUCGAGGACCCACAUUUUCCCGCUGGUCCUGCAGCUUUGGGGUUCAACCAGCUAGGACCAUGGUCUCCUCAGACCAGGGGGAUCCAGUGGAAGAGACCUCAGGAGCUCGUCCGGUACCCUCAAUUCAUCAGCGACAGCAUGAAAUGGACGGACAUAUGCCAAGGACAGCUGGGUAACUGUUGGUUUCUUGCCGCAGCGGCCUCUCUGACCGUUUACCCCCUUCUAUUGGAUCGUGUGGUUCCUGCCCAGCAGAAUUUUCAUAAUGAUUAUGCUGGAAUAUUCCAUUUUCAGUUCUGGCAGUACGGCCAGUGGAUUGACGUUGUGGUCGAUGAUCGUUUGCCAACGAAGAACGGGGAGCUGGUGUUUGUCAGUUCUGCCCAGAAGAGCGAGUUCUGGCCGGCCUUGCUGGAAAAGGCUUACGCCAAGUUGAAUGGCUCCUAUGAAGCUCUGAAUGGAGGUUGGAUUAGCGAAGCCUUUGUGGACUUCACUGGAGGUGUAGGCGAGAGUGUGGACCUCAAGGCCGCUCCUCCAGACCUGUUCCAGAUGAUCCAGAAAGCUGUAGAGAAGAAGUCCCUGAUGGGAGCCUCAAUCAAUAUACUGGACCAGUCUGAAAGUGAAGUGAGAACCCCAGAAGGACUGGUGAAAGGCCAUGCCUACUCCAUUAUAGGUGUCUCAGAGGUAGACUAUCAGGGGCGCAGAAUCUCCUUAAUCAGAGUGCGGAAUCCGUGGGGAACAGUGGAGUGGAAUGGGCGCUGGAGUGACAACUCCUCCACCUGGUCACUAUUGGACAAUGCAACUGCACUGAAGCUUCAAUUAAGAGCGGACGAUGGUGAAUUCUGGAUGCAGAUGGAUGACUUUAUGCGCUAUUUCGAUACGCUGGAUUUUUGCAGUCUCACAUCGGACUUAGCUUGUAGUGGUAGUAUCCAUACAUGGAAUGCCAACUCUUUUGAAGGCAAAUGGGUGAAAGGACACAAUGCUGGAGGAUGCCGCAAUUACAAAGGCACCUUCUGGAGCAAUCCUCAGUUCCUGGUGACGGUGGAAGGAGAUGAUAAGAGAAAUGCAUGCACCAUGCUGGCCUCUCUUCUUCAGAAGGACAGACGGAAGGCGCGGGCUGCUGGGAGAGAUUUCCUGGUCAUCGGUUACGAGAUCUAUAAGGUGCCAGAACAGUUCAGUGAUAUGAGCCUGGUGUCCCAGAGAGCCGCGGCCAUCUCCAGCCUGGUCCCUAUGGUCCUCACACAAUACAUGGCCAAGCGUGAUAUCACCGGCCGCUAUGAGCUGACCCCCGGACAAUACCUGAUCAUCCCUACAACCUACAUGCCCCAAGAGGAGUCUUCCUUCAACCUGAGGGUCUUCACCGAGACACAACACACAUUCAAGGAGAUGGACUGCAUGGUCAAAGCAGAAGCCAAAGUGUUUCAGGAGGGCACUCUUCGGAUGAGCAUGGAAGACUUCAGGAAACAUUUUACACGACUGUCUGGACAAGACCAGGAAAUCAGCCCUGAGGAACUGCAGAAAAUCUUGCUGCAAACCACCUCCAAACAGUCGCACCUGAAGACAGAUGGAUUUUCCAUGGACACUUGCAUCCAACUGCUGAGAAUGGCAGAUAGCAAUAGGAACGGAAAACUGCAAUUAGAGGAAUUUUGGUAUCUCUGGAGCAAAAUCAAAGAAUGGGAGCAUAUAUUUACAAAGUACGACUGUGACAGAUCCGGGACAAUGGACGUACAGGAACUGCGCCUGGCGCUGGAAGCUGCUGGAUUUCAGCUAAACAACAAACUUGUGGCGCUGCUGUGUAUGACAUACGGAGACGAUCUGAGACGAGUGGAUUUUGACAGCUUCCUAUCCUGUCUAGCACAUCUCGUUGGCGUCUUUGAUGUAUGCCGGAAGAUGGACCAGGACAAAGAUGGCGUCAUCACUCUUCAGGAACAGCAGUGGAUGCAGAUGGCGAGUCUUCCGUGAGGUCGCCGCCCUUGAAAACCAUCUCACCUCAGACCGGACAAUUUUUCAAACAGGAUUUGGACCCGAGAAGACGACGGCAUACGGCACAAUGAUUGGGAUGCGUCUCCGCACAAGCUGUCAAUAAAACAAACUCGACCAAUGUACCGCUAUGUUAAUGACAAACACUGGCACGGACGCCUUCUGGCAGCUUUUGAAACUCUGUAUUUUUAAACGUUUUUUUCCCCAAAAAAAAAUAAAAAUCAU